AUGCAUCUUAAAUCAUAUUUGUCUGCUGCCCUUUAUGGGCUACCGGCGCUGGCUCUAGAUGCGGCCGCAUCGUCUACUUCAAAUUCGCCUGCUGUAGAUCCAUUCAAAGUCUACACCAUCACUGCGGAGAAUAUCACCGCCAAGUUGAUUCCAUAUGGAGCGCGUCUGACUUCUCUACUCGUGCCGGACCGCGAUGGCAACGAACAAGAUGUAGUCGUCGGCUAUGAUGACCCUAAGGAUUAUUUGAAAGACACUGAGACCGACCACACAUUCUUCGGCGCUGUUGUCGGCCGUUAUGCCAACCGCAUCAAAAACGGCACCUUCCAAAUAGAUGGAGACAACGAUGUCGGUUAUGAUCAGCGCAACUGGACUGUCACAGCUCAAUCUGAUUCUUCCAUCACUUUUACUCUGCUUGACCGCGCGCUGGAGGGCUUCCCUGGAGAUGUCAUCACUCACGCCGUAUUCAGCGUUGAUUCUGAUGUCACUGCCGAGAACCCCAAGGGUCUGCCGCAGUUGACCACCAAAUUAAUCUCGUUGGCCCUGACGGAGAAGACUCCCAUCAUGACUGCCAACCAUAUCUACUGGAAUCUCAACGCGUUCAAGGAGACCAAUGUGCUGAAUGACACCUUCCUCCAACUACCGCUAUCCAAGCGGCUCGUCGGUACGGACGGCAUCCUAAUUCCCAACGGAACCAUCCUGGGCGUCGACUCGUACGACGGAGCAGCGGACUUCACCACUGGAAAGCUUGUGGGCAAGGACAUCGAGAAAGCAGCAGGACUGUGUGGAACGGAUUGCACAGGCUAUGACAACUGUUUCAUCGUGGAUCGCGACAACGCAUAUGGCUCAAGCAACUCUAUGGUGCCAGUUGUCCGUAUGAACUCCAGCACAACCGGAAUCAGUAUGGAGGUGGCUUCAAACCAACAGGCUGUUCAGAUUUACUCCUGCGUUGGUCAGAAGGGUAACAUUGCCAUCAAGCCGUCCCAGGCUAAGCGGAACAAGGAAGAAGGUAUCGAGGGCGCAAAGGCCGUUAACAAGUAUGGGUGCAUCGUUAUCGAGACCGAAGGUUGGAUUGAUGGAAUCAAUAAUCCUGAGUGGGGUCAACUGUCAGACCAAAUCUAUUCCCCCACCGGAGCUCCAGCAGUCAACUGGGCUACGUAUAAGUUUGGUACUGUCUAA